UCCUCCCUGGUCUUGCCCCCAGCAGUGCACGUGCCUGGGUGUGUGGGGGACGUUCCCCUGGGGGAUCCGUGCUGAGAUGGCUUGGAAUACCAACCUGCGUUGGAGGCUGCCUCUCAUCUGCUUCCUCCUGGAGGCUGCUAUGGUCAUCCUCUUUGGGGUAUUCGUGCGCUAUAAUCCUGAGGCCGACUCACACUGGGAAGAAGAGAAGAGGCAGCACAACAUCUCCAGUGACAUAGAGAAUGAUUUCUACUACCGCUAUCCGAGCUUCCAGGACGUCCACGUGAUGAUCUUUGUCGGCUUUGGGUUUCUGAUGACCUUCCUGCAGCGCUACGGCUUCAGCUCUGUCGGCUUCAACUUCCUCCUUGCGGCCUUUGGCAUCCAGUGGGCCCUGCUGAUGCAAGGCUGGUUCCACUCCUUCGAAGAUGGCCACAUCCUCAUCAGCGUGGAGAAUCUCAUCAAUGCCGAUUUUGCGUGGGGCUCUGUCUGUGUGGCCUUUGGCUGUCUGGGCAAGGUCAGCCCCAUUCAGCUACUCAUCAUGACCCUGAUCCAGGUGACCCUGUUCUCAGUCAACGAGUACAUUCUUCUCAACCUGCUUCACGUGAAGGAUGCUGGAGGCUCCAUGACCAUCCAUACUUUCGGCGCCUACUUCGGGCUCACGGUGACCUGGAUCCUGUUCCGGCCCAAUCUGGAGCAGAGCAAGGAGCGUCAGAGUUCUGUGUACCACUCCGACCUGUUCGCCAUGAUCGGCACUCUGUUCCUGUGGAUGUACUGGCCCAGCUUCAACUCAGCAGUAUCCAAGCACGGCGACGCCCAGCAUCGAGCAGCCAUCAACACCUACUGCUCACUGGCUGCCUGCGUGUUGACCAGUGUGGCUGUCUCCAGCGCCCUACAGAGGAAGGGAAAGCUGGACAUGGUGCACAUCCAAAAUGCCACACUGGCUGGGGGCGUGGCAGUGGGAAACAGCGCCGAGAUGAUGCUGAUGCCCUACGGGUCCCUCUCUGGCUUCAUCUGUGGCAUCGUCUCUACCUUUGGCUUUGUCUACCUCCAGCCCUUCCUGGAAUCCCGGCUGCGGAUCCAGGACACCUGCGGCAUCCACAACCUGCACGGCAUGCCUGGCAUCAUCGGAGGCAUCGUAGGCUCCGUCACCGCGGCCACAGCCAGCGUGGGCAUAUACGGGAAGGAAGGGUACAUCAAGGCGUUUGACUUUGAAGGCCCCAAAAGUGACUGGACCAGUCAGGUGCAAGCUGGGUACCAGGCGGCAGGCCUCUUUGUGUCUCUGGCAAUGGCCAUCGUGGGAGGUGCCAUUGUGGGGGUCAUUUUGAAAUUUCCUCUCUGGGGAGAUCCAGCUGAUGAGAACUGCUUUGAAGAUGAAGUGUACUGGGAGGUACCCGAGGACGAGGAGAGUCACAUGUACCGCCCAGAGGAACCUGCCCUGAAGCCAGUGGCUUCCUAACCGGGCCACCGGGCUACGGGAGAACCAGGUCUCCCCCGGAUGCUCUCAGCUGCAGGGUCCCCAAGAAAGAGAUUGGGUUUGUCGACCACUCGUGGAGGCCUGGGACUUGGUCCCACUACCCUUCCCCACUAACCUUCCCCACCCUCCUUGGCCUUGAACACAGAUUAUCUUUUUUAACCCCAUGGCAGAGCCCUAAAAAAAAACACCCUGACUCAGUAACUUUGUCCCAGGACCCACCCUGCUGCAACUAGGAAGUCUGAGCUGGGGGCCAGGGAAGGGGAAGGGGGGCUGGGGCCCAGAAACUCCCCUGAUUUGCCCUUGGGGCCCCCCCAACAUUACACUUUCCUUGUGGGUGGGGCGGGAAUUUUUGAAGGCCAGUAAAUGUAAGCCACAAGAGAACAGCCACAACUUCUAUUCUUGGAGCCAGAGCAUCAAGCAGGUGGUGUGAGGACAGUGACCCCCCCCCCCCACGCCAUCCAUCACCAGCCUGGACCCCGAUGCCUCCCUGCCCUCACCCUCUCUGCACCCACUCCCAACCUUCUCCUCUCAGGGUGGGGUGUCCAUCAGGGUCUCAGUGAAUAAAUGGCCACGAUGUGGUUUGUGAAAAAGAAAAAAAUACACCAAGCUGUGUAGGCCUACGUCAACACUGGAGUGCUUCAUGGGGCAUCCAGGUUGGGACCCAGGAGAUUGGGUCACCAGCCUGAGGCCUGGGCAGUAUGAGUUCAAGAAGUUCAAGAAAGCUGACUCCAAGCCCAAGAGGGCUUUCUAUUGGUGGUGUCCUUCAGGUGGAUCUGGCCUGAGCCUCUCACAACAGCCCCUCCAGCUCUCCCCCAGUCAAUCAGUGGUAUUUAUUAAGCAAUUUGUGUGCAGAGCAUUGUACUAAGUAGGUGGGAGAGUAUAAUAUAACACAUUUGGUAGAUAUAUCCGCUGCCCAAAAGGGGUUGUAAAAGGAGCUUACAGUGCAGAGGUGGAGACAGGCAAAGUAAAUUCCAGAUAUGUCCAUAAAUACUGCGGGGCUGAGAUCACCAGACUGUACAAAUCCAAAUCCCUGCAACAUCCCAGAAGGUUCCCAGAAAGGAACAGCAGCUCAGGUGGCCUCAUCCCAGUCCCCUGCAGCCAGAAACCUACCUUGCCCACUCCUCUGCUCAACCCAGUGCUCCAGGUGCCCAUCAAUAUUAAUAACAACAUCACUGACAAUACCA